AAUAAUAGGAGUAGUAGUUCACGUCCACAACGCACGGACGCCGCGCCCGCGCUAUAAAAGGCAACACGGCGAGGGCACCACUCCUGCAGCCGAGUCUUACCAGGCAGCAAGAGAGAGUGCAGUAGCUGGUCUCUCUGCCGACAAACUUGUACGCGCGGCAACGAUGGCGGCUGGGGGAAGAGGCAGUGCUGGCAGUAAGGCGCUUGUCGCCGGCGCCGCGUUCCUGUGCGUGGCCGCGGUGCUCCUGGCGGCCACCCCCGCCGCCGAGGCGGGGGCGACGACGUACCUUGUUGGCGACGCCGCCGGAUGGACGCGCAACGUGGACUACGGAGGGUGGCUGGCCGGCAAGACCUUCCGCGCCGGCGACGUGCUCGUGUUCAAGUACAACAGCACGUUCCACGACGUGGCGUGGGUGAGCAAGGGCGGGUACAAGAGAUGCAUCGUGUCGCCCAAGGGGUUCGCCCCGGUGUACCGCAACGGCUACGACGCGGUCGGGCUGCCCAGGGGCACGCACUACUUCAUCUGCGGCGUGCCGGGCCACUGUAGCGCCGGCAUGAAGCUCGCCGUCACCGUCUACUGAUGAUUCCAUCGUCGUCCACCUCCGGAAUGCAUCGGGUGGCGUUGACCUAGAAGUCGCUCAUCGUCCUACGUCGGGCUGGCGUGUGCAAUUUGUGUGUGUUUGCUUUGCGAUUUGUGAGUUUGGCGUAUGCAUCACAUGGAAUGAGUAAACCUGAUGUUUUCUCUUGUAAUAGGCGAAUGCUUAAACUUCUCUUGCGUCA